AUGCUCUCCUCCGCCAGGAGCCGGAUCACCGCCCUGUCGGCGCGGUCUUCGCGCCUGGCGUCGCGGGCCGGCUACUCCGUGAGCGCCCCUCGCUGGAGCGAGAACCCCGUCGCGGUCAACGACCCCACGCCGAAGAAGCCUACUUCCAGCAUCUCCCCGAGCAAUGCCAUUCCUUCCGACCCGAUGGAUGCUUGGAGUAAACCCCUCCAGGAGGACCCCGAAGUGGGAGAGCGCCUCCGCCAGCUCCAGGCCCCGAACCGGGCGACGACCUGGGCCAAGAGCCAGCAGCCGAGAGAGCUGGCCAUGACGGGCCCUCGCUUUGAGCAGACGAUUAUGGAGUAUCAGCCCCGACCAUACGCUGCGAUCGAGUUGAUUCACAAACAACCCGUGCGGUGGCAGAAGGAGCGAGUUGUUGCCUGUGAUGGCGGUGGUGGUCCAUUGGGCCACCCCAAGAUCUUCAUCAACGUCGACAAGCCUCAGAUUGUCUACUGCACAUACUGCGGCCUUCCAUAUGCCCACGAGCAGCACCGCGAGUACCUCAAGUCCUUGCCGUCUACGAGCUACCCACUCGAGCCUACUGACGAAGCGGCCGAGGAGACGCAGCGACUCACAGAAGGAGCAGCUGAGAAAAGAUAA